AUGGCAGCAGCAGCAGCAGCGGCAACAGCAACGCGCAAGGGCCCGGCCAUCGCCGGCUUCACGGCCCUCUCGGACCAAGUCUUUGUGCGCGACGCCAGCAGCGACGCGGUCCCGCGCAAGGGCAACGACCCGACGACCGUCAUCAUCUACGGCUGGGGCGACGGGCUGCCCAAGCACGUCGCCAAGUACGCCGACGGCUACCGCGAGCUGUUCCCCGCGGCGAGGCAGGUGGUGGUGCUGUCGCCCAUCUCGCGGGCCAUGUUCUCGGACCUGCGGCAGCGCUCCGAGCACAUGGAGCCCGUCGUCAGGGCCGUCUUCGGCGGCGACGAGGCGGCGAGAGGGCGACGAGGCGGCAGCAAGGCCGAGAGCGAGGAGGUGCUCAUCCACACAAUGUCCAACACGGGGGCCGUCAACUACGCCGCGACGCUGCACGCCUACCGCGAAGCGCACGGCGGCGCCACCGCCAACGUCAACGGCAAGGCGACGACCGCGUCAUCGCCAUCGCCCACCAUGCCCCACCAGCUGCUCAUCAUGGACUCGACGCCCGGCAGCACCGACAUGAGCACCUCCAACGUGGCGCGGUGGUCGCGCGCCAUGGCCAUCGGCACGGCGGCGUGGUUCCCCUGGCCGUCGGCCGUGACGCAGGCCAUCUGGGCGACGGUGCUGUGCCUCAACGCCAUGUACGCCUUCCUCAUCGGCCGCGAGAGCGCCGGCGCCUGGAGCCGCCGCGCCGUCAACGACGAGGCGUACGAGGCACAUGCCGCGCGCAAGCUCUACAUGUACAGCAAGGAGGACGACCUCAUCUCGUGGGAGGACAUCGAGGCGCACGUCGCCGAGACGCGGGAGCGCGGCUGGGAGGCCGACACGGAGCUGUUUGAGGGCAGCGGGCACGUCGGCCACAUGCGCAAGCACCCGGAGCAGUACUGGGCCACGAUCCGCGCGUCGUGGGAGAGGGCGACGGCGCGGCCGAGCAAGUGA